CCCAAAGCCCACUUGAGUAGUGGUUGAUUGACCAUGCGAUCCAAAUGGGUUAGCGCCCAUGUAAGUUGUAACUCUGCAUCUUUCAAAAAUUGCCCAUCGACAAGAAGCGUUGAGAAGAGGAAAUGUGCGUAUCUUUUAGCCUCUUUUGAAGAGCAAAAAGAAUACCUGUAGCUUCCAGUCGAAGAGGAUUUAUCUCUGUAACCUAGGUGGACCAAGCACAGGAGGAUUCGCCGUAGCUAUCCAUUGUGAUGCCAACAAUGCGAGAAGCAGUCGCACAAGUGUUUGAACCUGCAAAACCUGUAGUACAAAGUCGAUUACUGGUUGGAUACUAUCAAAUGAAGACUGAUGGGGUUGCCGGUGAUGCAAGAAGAUGCUCAGCAGCAGCAGCAGCAGCAGCAGCUUCCACAAAAUCCUCACAUCUAAUGUCAUUCACUCACGACCAGAACCUGGCUGAGCUGUGAGCGCUCUAAUGGAAACCCUUGAUGUUGAACCUGAAAUCCAACAAUCUGCUCCUAAUCGACGUCGUUUCAGCGAAUACGCACCUCUGCUGCUCUCUUAUCGCCUCAAUCAACUCUGGCCUCCUUUAGUUUGCGUUGCUCAUGAUGAAAGAGCCAUCACAAUUGAUGGCCACCGUAAGAUUUUGUUAUCUGGAUCGAUUCAUUAUCCGCGUAGCACUUCACAGAUGUGGCCAGAUUUAAUUAAAAAAGCAAAAGAAGGUGGAUUAGAUGCCAUUGAGACAUACGUGUUUUGGAAUGUUCAUGAACCCCAACGUCGUCAAUAUGACUUCACUGGCAAUCUUGAUAUAGUGAGAUUUAUCAAAACCAUUCAACAGGAAGGACUUUAUUCAGUUGUCCGAAUUGGUCCUUAUGUUUGUGCUGAAUGGAAUUAUGGAGGAUUUCCAGUUUGGUUGCAUAACAUGCCUGGAAUUGAGUUUCGAACUGCAAACAAUGUGUAUAUGAAUGAGAUGCAGAACUUUACAACCCUGAUAGUUGAUAUGCUCAGAAAAGAGAAGCUGUUUGCAUCACAAGGAGGACCUAUAAUUCUAGCCCAGAUUGAGAAUGAGUAUGGGAAUGUGAUGUCUUCUUAUGGAGAUGCUGGCAAAGCUUACAUUAACUGGUGUGCAAAUAUGGCCGACUCCCUUCACAUUGGAGUUCCAUGGUUAAUGUGCCAGCAAACUGAUGCUCCACAGCCAAUGAUUGAGACAUGCAAUGGCUUUUAUUGUGAUUCAUACACUCCAAAGAAUCCUACCAGCCCUAAAAUGUGGACUGAGAACUGGACAGGAUGGUUUAAAAGUUGGGGUGGGAAAGACCCUUACAGGACCACUGAGGAUCUUGCCUAUUCUGUUGCAAGAUUUUUCCAGAGGGGUGGAACAUUUCAAAAUUAUUACAUGUAUCAUGGUGGUACCAAUUUUGGUAGAACUGCGGGCGGUCCAUACAUCACUACUUCAUACGAUUACAAUGCACCUCUUGAUGAAUAUGGUAACUUGAACCAACCUAAGUGGGGCCACUUGAAACAACUUCAUUCUGUGUUGAAGUCAAUGGAGAAAACUCUGACUUACGGGAACAUCUCCACUCUGGAUUUUGGAUCCUCUGUCGCCGCCACUAUUUAUGCCACCGAUGAGGCUUCAAGUUGCUUUUUGGGAAAUGCAAAUGAAACUAGCGAUGCAACAAUCAACUUCCAAGAUGCUGAUUAUGUUAUUCCUGCAUGGUCUGUUAGUAUUCUUCCCGACUGUAAAACCGUAGCCUUUAAUACUGCAAAGGUGAACACUCAAACAUCUGUGAUGAUUAAAAAACCAAAUGAAGCAAAUUCUAGUAUCCUUGAAUGGAUGUGGAGGCCUGAGUUCACUCAUGAUACUAUUGUUCGAGGCAAGGGCCAAAUUGUUGCUAACCGAAUUGUUGAUCAAAAAGAAAUGGCCAGUGAUGCCAGUGACUAUUUGUGGUACAUGACAAGUGUGAAUCUUGGGAAAGAUGAUGCAAUGUGGAGCAACAACAUGACGCUUCGUGUCCAUGGAAGUGGCCAAAUUCUUCACUCAUAUGUUAAUGGAAAAUAUAUUGGUUCUCAAUGGGCCAAAUAUAACAUAUUCAACCAUGUGUUUGAGAAGGAGGUUAAAUUAUCUCCUGGGCAUAAUAAGAUUGUUAUCCUUAGUGCAACUGUUGGUUUGCAGAAUUAUGGUCCAAUGUUCGAUUUGACACAAGCUGGAGUCCCGGGUCCAGUUGAAAUUGUUGGUCAUAAGGGGGACGAAACAAUUAUCAAAGAUUUGUCUUCUAACAAGUGGAGUUACAAGAUUGGUUUGAAUGGCCUGGACAAUCAACUUUUCAACCCAGAUUGCAAAAGAGUCAAAUGGUCAAUGGACAAUGUUCCUGUCAACAGAAAUUUGACUUGGUACAAGGCUUCCUUCAAGGCACCUUUGGGAACAGACCCAGUAGUUGUAGAUUUACUAGGACUGGGCAAAGGCGAAGCUUGGAUCAAUGGACACAGCAUUGGACGAUACUGGCCAAGCUUCAUUGCCGAUGAACAAGGUUGCAGCGAUGCUGUUUGUGAUUAUCGUGGUUCAUACAAUGGGGACAAGUGUGUGUCUAACUGCGGACAACCAACUCAAAGAUACUAUCACGUGCCUCGUUCAUUCCUCAAUGAAGAUGUAAACACAAUUGUCUUGUUUGAAGAGUUUGGCGGGAAUCCUUCACAGGUAGAUUUUCAGCCCGUUGUGGUUGGUUCAGCUUGUGCAACUGUAUCUGAGGGUAACACAGUUGAAUUGUCGUGCCAUGGCCGGCCAAUUUCUGGAGUUCGGUUUGCAAGUUUGGGGAACCCACAAGGAGUUUGUGGAGCAUUUGAGAAGACUAGUUGUGACAGUGAUAAAGAUGUUGUUUCCAUUGUUGAAGAUCAGUGUGUUGGAAAGGAGUCUUGUUCUUUUAAAGUUUCUCAGGACGUGUUUGGAUCGCCUAACUGUUUCGAUGCACCUAUCAAUAGACUUGCAGUUGAAGUUUCUUGUUAGAAAGCUAGCAAUUUAGUAUUUCUUAAUUACUUUUAUUGUUUCUUUUAACUUAGUUUAUUAUAAGUUCAUUAGGGUAGCUCUUUAUCGUA